AUGGCAGGAUCGUCCUUCCGAAUCUCUGCGCGCCUACGCGCGACGAAGCAAAUACUUGCCGAACGAAAGCCGCAGUUCGAGCUGUGGGGUGUCUGGAUUGUGACCUGCUUCGAGGUUUGGUCUACCUUGAUGUUUGUACAGCUAUCUGCGCUGACAAGCUUCGUUUGGCUUGCUGCCCCUGUUGUUGCUUUGCAGUGCUUCGUCGCUGCCUGUCACCGACACUGCCAGACACUGAAAGAGACAGGCAAGCUCACAGGGCGUACUGCAUGCCGAGCAUCAAAGUUGGCUUCUUUGUUCAUCUUCUUCCCGUGGAGAUACUCACACUUUGGGCUGUAUCGCAGACAGUCAUCAGCAUCAUGCUUCUACUUCUUCGCAUACAUACUGCGUAUUGGCUGUAUCGUGGUGAUGAUACAGGCAUUUGCAUCCACGCCUGAGGGUGUCUCAAGCUCUGCAAAUAAUUCAACAUUGGACUGCACAGGGCUUCUGCAGAAUCUGACAAAAAAAAAGCCUAAUUGGGAUACUCCGCUGGACGAAGGCAAGCAGAGACUGACCUACCUGGUCUCUUGUCAGCUGCCUGUUGUCGUGGCUACAGCCAGUCUGUUCCAGUCCUUGCCUGUCGGAGCAUUUCUCCUGUCAGUGACAGGCAAGUUUGUCAUGGAAGCUCGGACGAUGUUUCGUCACUGUGAGUGGUGCAAUGUGAAAACGGACCGAUCCCUGCGAGCAGAAAUCGACCACAAGGCACGGGACAUCAGAAACAGCAUGGCAGCUGGCACACUGGAACCGUCUUGGAAGGACCGGAAGCUUCUUGACCUGGAGGUGGUGUUGCUCCUGUUGGAUGUUGUCUCUGAUCUCAAUUGCAUAUUGCAGUUUGCACUGGCUUCUCGCUGGGGUUGGGCCGCUGCGCAGUCUGCAGUUUUCCUUUUGAGUCUGGCCUUCGAGCUCAGGGCAGCGUCAGCAAGCUCCUUGGUAGGAGCCGUGUGGGAGAGUCGCAAAUGCGGAUAUCCCACAGAUGAGUACCUGAUCUUUGUCCGGACCGAAAAGACUAUAGAGGCUCCAUUUUCCUUGCUGCUGCAAUAUUAUGCCACAUUUUAUGUUCUUGACCCACUGCUGUUUUUGAGCGCGUGUUUCUCGAUGGUCCUGAGCAGUUUCAGUGUGGCAAAGGGUGCCUACGAGCAGCUGCACCUAGCUCUGGAUGAAGCAGUGGACCAGGCGGAAGAGUUGGCUGAGAAGCAUAAUGAUAAGCCUCCAAUCCAAGUGGAGCCGGUCGGCCGUCGGACUUUGGACCGGGAAUGA